AUGUCGACCUUCACAUUCCUCACUGCCCUGAAGCCAUUCAAAACUCAAUGGAGGAUCCGUGUCAAGAUACUGAAGUUGUGGAAACAGUAUUUGAAUGGGAUCGAGACGAUGGAGAUGGUCGUUGUCGAUGAACUGAAUCAAACUAUGCAUGUUAGUAUGAAGAAGCAGUUCAUAAAAAAAUUUGAAAAUCUUCUAGAGGAAGGAACUACUAAGAUCAUCACUAAUUUUCAAGUCACUCACAACGGUGGUAAGUUCAGGACUACUUCUCAUGUUUACAAGAUCCAGUUUGCUGCCACGACGUCUAUCAGACCUUCUGAAGAUCUGGAUGCCACAAUUCUUGGGUUGAAGUUGGUGAACUUCGCUGAUAUUCACGAGGGCAAGUUGAAUCCUGAUUUUCUAAUAGAUAUUGUUGGACAAAUUGUUAGUAUUGGUGAGGUUGAGAUUCUCAACGUUAACAAAAAACAGACCAAACGUCUAACAAUGACACUUCGUGACACCAGUGAUGUGCGCCUGAAUUUUGUUCUCUGGGGGAAUUAUGCCGAAAGUUUGGAGAGUGUUGCUACACAUGCAACUAAUGCUACCAUUUGUUUCGUGUUAAGAUUCGGAAAGUUAAGAUUGUAUCAAG